AUGCCCCCUCGCUGCCCCAGCUACACCAUCCGCAGUGGCACUCAGCUGGCCCACCAAGGAGAGCGGCAGCGGGCCUCGCCGAGCUCGCCCUGCUGCCCAGCACCGGCCGGGGGAUCGUACUCCGCUAACAGCACGGGCUGGUUCUGGGGCCUUAGCCCGGCGUUCGCCACCACCCUUUGCAGCCCAGUCGGGCGCCUGACCAAACACACCAAGUUUGUGCGAGACAUGAUCAGGGAGGUCUGCGGCUUCGCACCCUACGAGAGACGUGCUAUGGAAUUGCUGAAGGUUUCCAAAGAUAAACGUGCUCUGAAGUUCAUAAAGAAACGGGUCGGCACUCACAUCCGGGCCAAGCGAAAGCGGGAAGAACUCAGCAACGUCCUGGCAGCCAUGCGGAAAGCCGCUGCGAAGAAGGAUUGA